AUGAGCGAGGGAAUGCUUGCCAUUGCAGAACAAGCCCUAAAGACCACCGCAGAGUCUGGAGGUAUCAGAGACGACAUUGUUAAACUCAGCUCCAGUCUUUCGUCGCUGCAAAUUGAUGAUACCACGAUAUCUCUUGCCGUUGAAGAGACAUUAAAACGCUCCGAGAUCAACCUGACAGACAAGAUCAAGGGGCUCUCUAAACACCUAGAACGGCUGGAUGAUGAGCUCAAAGCUAUAUCGGACGAUGUGCACCAGCUUUUGCCCACACUGAAACGCGAAAUCGCCGCUCGACGCUCGAUCGUAGAAAGUCUAUGGUAUUCAAAAAUCAACCACAGACGCAACAUCAUAGGCCGAGCCCACGAUAGCACAUAUGAACGGAUAUUCAGGCGUAAAGAGGAUGAAGUGGCUGUGUGGGAUGAUUUCAUCGAGUGGCUCCAUGCCAGCAGACGCCCUAUACACUGGGUAUCUGGAAAACCGGAAGUGGAAAUGAUUGAAGUCCUGUCCAGGGUCGUACGACAUCUCGGGACCAGCAAACGGGUUUUGCUGUUUAUCGAUGGUCUUGAUGAACAUGAUGGUUCAGAUGACCAGCGCCAGGAAGUUCUGGAGCUGUUGCACACCCUCACCAAAGUCGAGAACGUCAAAGCCUGUGUGGCAAGCCGACCCUACAACAUCUUUCGUGAUGAGUUCCAUGAUUGCCCCCAACUCCGGCUUGAGGAUCUUACGAAAGACGACAUACGCCUCUAUGCCCAGAGCAAGCUGAGCGAGAAUCCACACUUUUGGCGCCAACAAAAACGAGAACCGCAGCUGCUUCAAAAAAUAACCGAAGAGAUUACGAGGCGGGCCAGAGGGGUAUUUCUAUGGCACUUGUUCAGGGAACUUGAAAACAUUCCCCUCGAUCUGGAUGAAUAUUUCAGACGCAUUUUCGAGUCGAUUGAAAGGCCAUACAGAAAAGAAGCGUCCAUCAUCCUCCAGACAGCGUUGUAUUCUAUAGGCUCGGAGAUUGCUAGGACUUGCCUCCCUGGUAACAGUCUUGGCUUUGAAUUUCUCCUGAUCCAUCUCCAUUUUCUGGAACGGAGUGAAGAUUUGUACUUUGCUGCAAACCAAGGCUUGUAUGAUGUCGAUUUCGAAUGUCCACAAGAGAGCAGAGAAUUCCUCGAAUCCCUUGAACGAAUGCUGGCGAGCAGGAGCAUGGGGCUGUUAGAGACCGAUUCGGGCACCGAUUAUCAUCCUCAUCCAUUUUAUGGAACAAAACUGCGCCCGGGGAUGCGGAUCGAGUUUCUGCACAGAACCGUACGGGAUUACUUUGCUGGUCGUGCUGCAAGAGAUCUCCUUCACCAACAUACAGGAGGGCCAUUCGACGCUCACAUGUUCCAAUGCAACCUUAUGGUUACUAAUAUGAGGACGUUCGCACUUCCAUAUCAAUUACUCUCCUAUGAUCUUACAUCUAUGACGCCUUUUCUUCACCAAAUUCUGGUUCGGCCAGAGUUACCAGGUGGCGAGGAGGCGGCAUUUAUCCUGUUUGAAACGAUGGUGGAACUAUUGAACGAACCUGGUUGCACACUGCGUCACGGGGUGCAGUAUGACACGGCACUGUGGUUAUCCUUACCGGUUGCUAAGACAGCGUUAGAGAAUUGGGCCGACGACUAUAGCAAUGCUCUCUCACUAGGCAUACAGAUUGGCUGGAGGUCGUAUGUCAAGGCGCGAUUAACAGCGACAAUCCAAGAGAAAGAGGGUAGGCCAUUGCUUGAUUAUGCUCUCAGAUCCUGCCAUAAUAUGAUAUGGAUACCACCGCAUCACGACAUCUUGCACAGCCUUCUAAUACUCGGCCCCGGUCCAGACGCCUUUAUUCAUGGAGAUUACAACGUUCCCAUAUGGGCGUACUUCCUUGAGUCGCCACAGUUUAUGACGAGUCUUGACUAUGCAGCAUGUCCAGAGGUCGUCAGAACGCUCAUGAUGCACGGCAUUCGAACGAUGGUCACUGUGGCUGGAGAGAGCCAUGUCCCCGAGACUUUGUACUCGUUUCUAGAUGUAUUGCCGAGUCUCUGGUUUUAUGACGAAACCCCGCCCUACGACGUGUUCAAACGUCACCCCCGUUGUCUUUGCUGA